AUGGCGGCUCAUGUGUCAGCUAACCCGACACCACCGACAAACAGCGAUGCGCGGGGACCUUUGAGCCAUACCACCACGGAGAACAUGCCUGCACCAGCGCCUGUGAAUCGCAAGAAACAGAAACGUCGACAGAAACAGGCGGCCCGCCUCGCCGCAGACCCGUCGGACGUGCACACCUCCGCGGACCUGGACUCGACAGCCGAUGACCAACAUUCCAAUGACCACGAAGUCGACAGUGCAGACCUUGACCAUGGAUCGGACGAUAUGUACCAUAAUGGAGCGCAUCAUGGCAUGGGCAGGAAUUCGGUAUCCAACGAGUAUGACGACGCAGCAGGCUCGAAAACAAAGAAAAAGAAGAAUAAGAAAGGCCGAUCCGACUCCCGCACUCUCGCCGACGGCAGCUCAACUCCUCUUUCCUCGCCUUCCGCUAGCUUUUCGCACCCUCCACAUUCACACUCGCUGCCAUUUUCUCGAUUUCCUGCCAAGUCCGGCAAGGAAAACAGUAUCUGGAACCAGUCUUCUUUGGAGGAACGUGAAAAUAUUCGGAAAUUCUGGUUUGAAUUGGGCGAAGAAGAGAGGCGUCAGCUGGUAAAAGUAGAGAAAGACGCCGUCCUGAAGAAGAUGAAAGAGCAGCAGAAACACUCCUGCAGCUGUACCGUCUGUGGCCGAAAGCGAACCGCAAUCGAGGAAGAGCUUGAGGUCUUGUAUGAUGCGUACUAUGAGGAGCUGGAGCAAUACGCCAACAAUAACCAAGGCUCAUUUGACGAAGGCGCACCUAUCAUCCCUCCACCUCGAUUAUACCAACCACCUCUUCGAUCUCCUGGUCAGCAUACCCGCACGCACGGCCAAUAUCACCCGUCAAGGGGCCGAGUUCAGGAGCUGCCUGAGGAUGAAGAGGAGGAUGAAGAAGACGACGAUUUAGAAGAGGAUUAUGACGACGACGAGGAAGAAGAAGAAGAUGAGGAUGAUGAGCUGUACAGUGAUGAUGAGUUCGAAGACGAUGAAGCUCGCACCGCUCGGGCAGACUUUUUCGCUUUUGGAAACAGUUUGACUGUGAAAGAUGGUAUCCUCACUGUGGCAGACGAUCUUCUCAAAAACGAUGGCAAGCACUUCAUUGACAUGAUGGAGCAACUAGCCGAGCGUCGAAUGCAACGAGAAGAAGACACACAGUACAACAUCGCUGCCGCCCACCAGUCAUUCCAUGCUGGUCAUAAUCACGGGCCCCUCGAUGAUGACGAUUAUGACGACGAAGAGGACGAAGAUUAUGACAGCCAGGAAGAGGAAGAGUUUGAUGAAGACGAGAUGAUUAAGGAUGCUAUGACCGAAGAACAGCGCAUGCAAGAAGGCCGCCGGAUGUUCCAAAUAUUUGCCGCUCGCAUGUUUGAACAACGUGUCAUGACCGCAUAUCGAGAGAAAGUUGCAGAACAACGCCAGAAACAGCUCAUUGAGGAGCUCCUAGAAGAGGAGACGCGGAAUGAGCAGCGCAAUGCGAAGAAGGCCCGGGAAGCAUUGAAGAAGAAGGAUAAGAAGCGAUUACAGAAGCAGGCCAAAGAAGAAGAGAAAGCUCGUCGGGACGCCGAGAAAGCGGCUGAAGAAGCCGCAAUGAAGGCUGCCCAGGAGAAAAAGCUCGAGGAACAACGGUUGAGGCGUGAAGAACAGCGAUUAAAGCGAGAGGCUGAACGCAAGGCUCAAGAAGAGGAACGUGCGCGCAAGGAAGCAGAGAAGCAACGGCGUCUCAAAGAAGAGAGGGAGCGGCAAGCGGAGGCAGAACGCAAGCAACGAGAGCAGAAGGAGGAGAAGAAAAGGCGCGAGGAAAGUAAGCGCAAGGAGAAGGAAGAGCGUGAAGCCCGUGAGAAGAAGUUGAAAGAGGAGCAGCGCGAGGAGCAGGCAAAGCGGGAUCGUGAGGCCGCAGCUAAGGCCGAGCAUGAUGCUAGAGAACGUUCCGGGAAACGGGAUAUCCAAGCAAAACCUGCUCCCCAUCCAGGGACAAGUAUCACCAUGCCGACGAACCUUUCAUCGCAGCCCGUUUCUAGCUCCCUCCAAUCCCCCAACUACACUCCCGCCGCUCCUAAAGUUUCGACACCGGCGAGACCACGACAGACUUCACAGCAGGGAUCUCACACCUCUUCUCCUCACUCUCAGCCAUCCUCCUCGGAGAUCUUUCCGCAACCUUCCAUCUCUCCACGCUCUAUGACGCAGUCUCACUCUGGGGCUAUUGGUAGUAGACCGGGCCACCACCACCAACCCCCUUUGCACCAUCCUCAACCUUCCGCUCCUUUAUCACCCUUAGGCAGAACCCACCCUCCUGGUUUCCCAGGCUUCGGCGGGCUACCUUCAAACCCACCAGGCUUGCCAGGUAUGAGUGGCCGGCCUCUCGGACCUCCCGACUAUCACAUGUACUCUCCUAACUCAGCGAUGAUAAACCCGCUCCGCGCUUUCGCUGGGCCGGGUGGCAUCGCUGCGCCCCCCGGAAUUAACGGAGUACGUCCAAUGCCCUCUGGAAGAGGAUUCCCAGAUCCUGGACACGGCCUUCCCUUUGCUGGACACGGAAUGCCUGGUGCAUUCCACCAACCGGGGUCCCACUCAAGACAGCAAUCGGGAUCGUUCGAACGAUCUCCGCUGGAGUCGGGUGGCCAGUGGUCUCGACCUAGUCCUAUCAAGCGACCGUCUAGUGGUGCACAAGAGAAUGGUCAUCAAGUGGACAAACUGAGCACUCAAUUGGGCAGCAGCGCGCUACUUGAUGAUACAGAUGCUCACUAUUCGUCCAAUCUGUCUCAGUCAUUGCCUGGUCCCAGUUUGCCAGGGCAGUUCCCUCUCCCAUCACGAGCUAGCUUUCAAGGGGCAUCAUUCUUCACUGAACCUCUGGGAUCCAAAACCACCAAUUUUGGCGUUGGCCCCACCGGAUGGGGUUCGACUUUCGGAAGUCCUGCUUUCCCGGGCUCGUCAACUUGGGGAGCGACAGCAGCCGGUAAUGGGAGCGGCUGGCCGCCACAGCUGAAACAUAACAUCUUCGCACCCCCCAACACGCACCAUCGUUCGCACACCUCUCGACCUGUUCUUAUUCGUCUUUUGGUGAUCCAGGCCUGCAAGACACUCAACACGCACAGCCCCAGGCCCGGUUCUGGAGGUUACCACAACGUCAAUCUGGUGCUUAUCCAAGUAGAGCUUCUGCGCCCCCCCAACGAGCCCACCAUCAAGUUGGACGAGAUGCUGGAGAUCUGCGACACUGAAGGUAACACUCAGAACGGCGGCGGAUCAUUCUCUAUCAAGGAAGAUGCGAACGGCCAGCACGUCAAGUUCGAGCCGGAUACCAACAGCGCGUCUGGUCACCGCGGCAGCAUUGUCCCAGGUGAUAUCGGUAGCCCAGUUCCUGGAAAUAGCCACCCAGCUGGCCAAUUUAACACCGUGCUCCGACCAUAUCCCCCACCUGCCGGAUUGUUUGGCGGAACCUAG